GAGUUGGCAAGCUGGGAAGAGCCUUUGGUGUCUGAUGGCCUUUGGUCGCCUGAAGAUGUAGCCGGGCAGCAGACGGAAGCGGAGUUGAAAGAUGAGUUGUGGGAAGCAGUCUGCGCGGCGAACGAGAGUGGCAGCAACAAAUCCACCAUCCGCCGCUUCGGAGCGGCUCGUGUGCAAAGAGUGCCAAUUCUGGAUCCUCCAACUGUAGCAUCCAGAAACCAGCUUGUUCGCGAAGACCAGCCGUAUUACAUUGUUGCUGGUUUUGUGAAAUUGUUUGCCCUUGGAUACGGAGAUUUCUGGGCACAUCUGCGUCAGCGGCAAGAAGAGAACCAGCAACCUUUGUCUUUCUGGGAAUGGCUAAAGCAUUUGCUUUUGCGCUCUGAUGGCAGGUUUCAAGCCCAUCCCCGGUUUUAUUUCUUUGCGUUGAACACUGCUCUGAGGAACAAGGCGUUGCGCGCCCGAGGGUACUUCAUGAAGCGGCAGCAAGGAGCCAGCAAUAAUGUAGCGUACACCACUGAGGAACUUUUCAACGUGGGUAAAGCUCAGUUCACCAAGAUCGUUUCCGCUUUCGAACAUUCCAUGGCUGGCUCUGCACAGGAGAAGUUGAGACAACGCAGUGACUUAGAGGCCAUGGUGGAACAGAUUGAGCAAGAGACCUUGCAAGACCAGGCUCACGCUUUGUUACAGUCUUGGCAGACCGCUGACCUAGCUUGCAAACUGCUUGAGCAGCAAGGGUGCGCUGCUGCCACGGCGGAGCUGCAAGCUGCUUGCCUCGCUGCAAAAGCUGCUGUUGAGAAAGUGUUGUCGCCUGAAACCAUAGAAGCCCAAGCCAAGCCUUCCGUCUCGCGCGUCGAUGUGAACCGCGGGAUGGACGAAGCAGCUCAAGCCGAUGUCGCGCGCGUCGAUGUGGACCGCGCGGCAGAACCCUUGCAGCAAGAAUUUGAAGUCAGUUUUCCUGAGCAAGAUAGUGCUUUUGUAGGUUCAAGGCCUGGUUCCGGGCGCAAGACCCUUGAAAGUUUGUUGUCUGAAGUGCAACAGCGCAGUUUGUGCGUGCAAGGCGGUGGCGAGAUCCCGUGUCAUUUCAGCACAUUGACCACCGCCAUCUACCAUUGGGACGACCUUGCCCAAUGUUUGGAGCACCAGUACGAAAGCGGCGGGGCGACAGAGCGGAUCCUUUGGAACCAGCAGAACGGCAGUUAG